AUGGCGGACAUCAUUAGGACAUACGCUGCUCUCUCUCCUUCCUCUUCCAGAACCGACGUCGCUGCUGUAUUCAAUAGUAUCAUCGAUGCGAAACCAUUCACAUUCGAUAAGUCAUCUCGCGUGGAACUUAUCAAGUCCAUCAUCACAGACGUGAAGGCGUGUGGGUCCAAAGCAAAGUUGUCCUCCAAAGACGCCACACUUGCGUUGCUCUCUGUGAAAACUCUCGGAAAGGAUCCAUCGGGUUCAGCCUAUAUCGCACAAGCAAGCGUUUUGUCCACCCUUCUCGGACUCGCAACCACAUUUAUCAAAGACGACCCCGAUGCUGCAAGCGAAGCCCUGCGCUGUAUAGCGAAUGCCCUACUCUUAAUUGAACAAGCUCGAUCUACUUUUAUCAGCGACGAAGUUAAUGGCGGUGAUACGUGCAUUCUCAUGCUUGAGAAAUCGUCGUCUGCAGAUCAUAUUUUCAUCCUAUCACGAAUCCUUUUUUUAUCAACGGCGGCCGGUCCAUCUUAUUUGGAGACAAUAGUCGAUACCAAACACCAUGGGCGUACUAUAGUCGAAAUUCUAUCCUCCAAGCUCGACUUCCUGUCCACAGCUAAUCGCAAUGGCACACCGUCGGCUAAAGAGGCAACUAUUGACUUGUUGAAGUUUAUCUUUAACAUUCUCCUUCACUAUCCAAAGUUAACGGAGGAGGAACCCCAACACACCCUCCCCAAUGGCGAAGAAAAGAUCAUGGGCGAUUUUUGGAGUUCCAAACUGGACGGCCUCCUUCCGCCUCUCCUACGCAUCUUCAAUACCCUCCCACCAACAUCUCCCGCUCCUAUCACCGCCCCUCUUACUCAUGUUAUCCAUUCUCUAAUCACUAUACCAGUCAAUAACUCUCUCAAACCAAUUUGGCUAGGAACUUCGCCCCCUUCCGGCCGAAAUUCUACAAGUAGUAGCCCAAAAAUCAAGACUCCGAGUGAAUCCGUCCCUGGGAGUCGCAGUGAUUCGCCAACGCAAACGCCGACAUCACCUAAACCGUCUACUCUGGACCGUGCUUUGUCUGUCAUUGCCGCGGGACGCCGGUCGCUGUCGCGUACACCUUCUCCAAGCACCCAGGUUCCCUUCGAUGUUCUCCAACGUGCUUACGACCUAUUUGAACAAGGACUGUCGUAUUAUUUCCCGGAUAGUGUGGAUCCUGACGAUGCGGAUUUACGCAAACGUGCCAAGGCUGAGUCGCAGGAUACCGUCGAAGACAUUCUUUCGCCAAUAGUUGUCCUGAUCACACGCUUGUGCAUGGCAGACGAAGGCACCAGAGUUCGUGUCCGCCAAUGGCUUGUACCUGAUGACUUGGACAGGUCCUCCCCACUGGAACAAAGGCCAGAUACUCUUGGAAGAUGUCUGCGCAUUCUUUCAUGUGUGUACCAUGCACGGCUGAAGGACUCUGUUGGAGAAAUGAUGUACGCGAUGGCCGAUUCGGAUGCGUCGGUCCUCUCUGCCUUGGUUGGUUAUGGAAAUGUGGCUGGCUUCCUCUUCAACAAAGGUGUUCUCUCUGCACCUCCUGCCUCCAGCAGCUCGUCAUCUGCACCACAAACCACUGCGUCUGGCGAGCAGAUUAACCCCAUCACUGGAACGACUUUACAACCCAAAUCCGAUCUCCCAGAGAUGACUGAAGAAGAGAAGGAGCGCGAAAUGGAGAAACUCUUCGUUCUGUUUGACCGACUCGAAAAGAAUGGCGCUCUCCCACCAGACCAAAAUCCAAUUCGCAAGGCCAUACAUGAGGUCGUGUUCAAUCAAGUAUAA